GGACCACAAUGCACUGCACGGAAACAGCGAUUAUCAUGACACAUCUCCAACAUAAGCAAAAGCUUCCUCUUUGGAGGCAUCUCUCCUGCUAACCUUGGGCAGAGGUUGGCUCCUCCUGACGCCUCGGCGCUUUGACAAGCCGGGAAACCACCCGCAUUGACGGGCAGAGACCGUCGGGCACUGGAGGAUGUGCGAGAAGUGAAGCCGCAGCUAGCCCUGGAGCUCGGAAGCUCGCUAAAACACAGCUCCACUAGCUAGCUCAUGCUAACGCUGGCUAGCCGAGGUGAACCGAAUCCGUAACAUUUAGCGUCCAUCAGAAAGGAGCAGCUGACAGGCGCGAGUGUUGACAUCACGUCUCCGGGACGUGCUACUCAACAGCAGCAGCACACGCAUAUCUGUAGAGUCACAAAUUACAGACAAAACACAAAGAUGAACACGUCCUUCCCAUGGUUUCCCAUGAAUUUUACCUGGAGUGGGAGGGUGUUGUGAGAAAGGACAGAGGAGGAAGGAGCAGAAGGAGACUGUAAACAAAAGUCAUGAAUCUCCAUCAGGUCCUCACAGGGGCUGUCAACCCUGGAGACAAUUGUUUCUCUGUCGGGAGCGUCAACAAUGUGCCAUUCACGGCCUAUGCGUCAGGUUGCGACGUGGUAAUUUUGGGCAGUGACUUUGAGCGACUGCAGAUCAUCCCAGGAGCCAAACAUGGCAACAUUCAGGUCGGCUGUGUCGACUGCUCACUGCAGGGUGGACAGAUUGCAGCUUCCUAUGGAAGCAUUGUGUGCGUCUUUGAGCCUGUUCAGCACUCAGAUCAAAAAGAUCCAUCGUUGACUAAGUUGAAAUGCCAGUGGCAGAAGACGGGUCAGUUUGUAUUACAUUCUAUGGUACGGAACCUUGCCUGGCACCCUACAGGUAGCACUCUCCUAACAGGCUCUAGUAGCCUCCAGUUGUGGUCUAAUGUUGAUGGAGUGAAAGAUGAAGCUGAAGAAAGGGGAAAGCCGGAAGAAAUGACCAUGAGAGACUCUCAUUGUUCUUGGAGGUGUAUCUGGCAGAGCAAGACAGCCUCUCCAGUCAGUUUAAUGAGGUUUUCACCUGAUGGGGAAUUCUUUGCUACUGCUGGACAAGAUGACUGCUUAGUAAAGGUCUGGUACAGCACCAGUAAGUGGAAGUCAGGUGUUUCCAGACUCUUCACUCCUCCACAUCCCAGUGUCAGUGUCCAGGAAGAGCUGGCCUUCUCCUUUGUCUACCUGGCUCAUCCCCGUUCUGUUACUGGCUUCUCAUGGAGGAAGACCAGCACGUGCAUGCCAAGAGGUGCAGUGUGUAAUGUUCUGCUCACCUGCUGUAAGGACAGCGUUUGUCGACUCUGGGCAGAGACGUUGUUGCCCGGUGACAGCCUCCUGUUUGGUCCCCACCAAAACCACGGCUCUGGCCAACACAGUGACACACUCAGAUGUGCAGGUCCUACGAGAAAACACGGCUGUAAUGGAAAGACACAAGGAAAUACAGCACAGGAGUUGAAUUAUCAAGAAUCAUGGCACUUGUCCUCUUACCAGGAUGUACCCCAACCCUCCCUGACUGGGUGCCCGUCCAUCCAUCAGAGCUGCCACUACAACCACAGGAGGAUCAACAGCAACAUGCCCCAUGCCAACGCUCUCUGCCACUUCCACAUUGCUGCCAGCAUCAACCCAGCCACAGACAUUCCUCUGCUGCCCUCAAUCUCUUCUCUGAGUGCCGCGGAUGACGAGGAACCUGGAGGUCCUUUUACCGUCCACUGGCUGAACAACAAAGAGCUUCACCUCACUUUAGCUAUGGAAGUCUUCCUGCAGCAGCUCAGAGGCAGCCUGGAGCAACAGAAUGAAUGCUCCCAUGAAGAGCCUGAAGAUGAGGAUAACUUUGAUGACGAGGACAAUGGGAGCAGACCAACUGACCCCAAAGGACCUGAGGGUGUGGAGCUUCCUCUGGCAGCAGUGGAGCACCAGGUUGACGUGCUGUUAGAGGAGUGGAAUAAAGGGGCGGACAUGUUGUUCAGUAUUCACCCCAUGGACGGCUCUCUGUUAGUCUGGAAUGUGGACUGGUUGGAUGAAUAUCAGCCAGGGAUGUUCAGACAAGCUCAGGUGUCGUUUGUGUCCCGUAUCCCUGUGGCAUUCCCUGCAGGUGAUGCGAUCUCCCUGAGCCACAGCGUUGUUAUGUAUGCCUGCAACAAGAAUGUGGAUCUGGCUAUUCAACAUGGCAGACAACGACCAUCUGGGAGCACAUUGCCUCAAGCUAAAUCUGCUUUAAUAAGCUACAGAGAUCAAGGAAAAACUACGCCCAGCAGUAGUCUUCGACUCAGCAUUUUCACCCCGUAUGUCCUCAUGAUCUCCAAACACGCUGAUGGUUCCCUGAACCAGUGGGCAGUCAGUUUCGCAGAGGACUCUGCUUUCUCCACUGUCCUCAGCGUCUCACACAAGUCACGAUAUUGUGGCCACCGCUUCCACCUCAACGACCUGGCCUGUCACUCGUUACUCCCUCUCCUCCUCACCACCUCACACCACAACGCCUUGAGGACACCAGAGGUAGACAGCAUCCUGGCUCCUCCAGAGGUUGUUUCGACAUCACUACCCCGUGGGUCACGGGCCAGCCGGGCGUCCCUCGGUGUGGUUUCCCAAGAUCCCAAUGCAAUCUACAGUGAGCUGAUUUUAUGGAGGGUGGACCCAGUUGGUCCACUGUCUUUGUCAGGCGGGGUCUCGGAGCUCGCAAGGAUCAAUUCUCUCCAUGCAUCAGCAUUUGCUAACGUUGCCUGGUUGCCCACACUCAUUCCCAGCAGCUGUUUAGGUGUAUACUGUAACUCCCCCAGUGCUUGCUUCGUGGCUAGUGACGGCCACUCACUCAGGCUGUAUCAAGCUGUUAUCGAAGCAAAGAAACUCCUGAGUGAGCUCUCCAACCCUGAGAUAUCAAAAUAUGUUGGGGAAGUGUUCAACAUGAUCAGUCAGCAAUCCACAGCAAAACCAGGCUGUAUUAUAGAGCUGGACGCCAUUACUGACUUUCAGGGAAAGGAGACGCAGCUCCUGCAUGUUUUUGAAGAGGAUCUGAUCCUUGGCAGUGAGAGAACAGAGAAUACACAGGACACUCCUUAUUCUCCUCACACUGCCUCCGGUGAGCCAACCUUCUCGGCACGUUUUUUCCUGGUGGUGGUCGAAUUAACUCCGACAGGUCGCUCCCUCCUCCACAUGUGGCAUCUCCAUCUUGCUGCACGACCAAUCACCAUGGAAGAGACCAAGACAGAGAAAGAUGCCACCACAGCUUCUCCCAUGAACAGCUCUCACUUUGACUUUGACACAUUCAGUUCUCCAAUAACUCAGAAGAGUAAAACCUGCACCUCCAGUCUGCAGAGUGCUUGUCGCCUCAUCCUCACAACGCACAGACUAUACAGCCAAGAGAUGGCUCUUCCAGAAGGUGUAGAAGCCAUCAGUGUUACACCCUCAGCAGGUCACCUGAGUGCAUCCUGUUCUCUGCCAGCUGGCCGUGUGCCUUAUCUCCUCGCUACUUCCUGUUCUGAUGGUAAGGUGCGCUUCUGGAGGUGUAAUGUUGUGGCGACUGGACCCUCCAGUAUGGACACUUUGCUGUACCAAUGGGAGGAGUGGCCUCUCCUGCUGGAGGAGAGGUUUCCCAACAGCAGCACAGUAAGUGUGCCAGGUCGCCCCAUAGAGGUCAGCUGCUGUCACACUGGACGGAUUGCAGUUGCCUACAGGCAGAUAACAAACACAUCUUUGAAUUCAACACUUCAUCUGAACUCUAAUGGACUGUUGACAUCUCCUCCUACCCUGGCAUCCUCUCCCUAUAGCACCCACCUGACCCCAACUCUGACUGUACAGCGUAGCUCAAAUCCCACCCCAAGCCCCAACGUAAUAAACAUUAAAGAACCCUUGGUACACAUCGGCAUCUUCCAGUGUGAGUCCACCGGUGGUUCACAGUGGAUUCUCGAGCAAACCAUCGUCCUGGACAGCACAGAUCCCACACCUAACUGUGGUACAACAAAAAUGGACUUCUCUUUACCUAACGAGAACUGUCUUGGUUCUACUAGUAAGAGCCUUGUUCAUUUGGACUGGGUGUCCCAAGAAGAUGGGUCACAUGUUCUAACUGUCGGUAUUGGGACUAAGAUUUAUAUGUACGGCCGUCUUUCUGGGAAACCUCCAGAACUGGGUCUGUCGUCUGAUGCAAGUAGAGAACAGAGCUUGUCUCGUCUAGUUCUGCUUCGAUCAGUCGAUCUGGUCUCCUCUGUUGAAGGCUCAUUACCCAUCCCGGUCUCCCUCUCCUGGGUACGAGACGGCAUCUUGGUUGUAGGGAUGGACUGUGAAAUGCAUGUCUACUCCCAGUGGCAGCCCCCAACACCACCCAGACCCAGUGCUGUCAUUACCCAAGACACCGACAUCAGCAGCAGUGUCUCGUCCAUAAUCUCAGCUGUCAGACAAUGCCAGGAAGAGGGACUCAGUCCUGGUGCACCAGUGUCUUCACUAGCUCCUCCCAAAAAGGCCUUGACGAGGUCGAUGAUGAGUCUGGCUCAGAAGCUCAGCGGGAAGAGGACGGCUUAUGACCUGCCUGUAGAGAUGGAAGAUUCUGGACUUUUUGAAGCAGCUCACCAGCUCUUUCCCACUCUGCCCCAAUACCAUCCUGUUCAGUUACUGGAGCUCAUGGAUCUUGGGAAAGUUCAUCGUGCCAAAGCCAUCCUCUCUCACCUCGUGAAAUGCAUUGCUGGAGAAAUUGUACCACUUAAAGACAGUACCACCAAUCCAGAGAGACGUGUGCGUUCUCGAACCAUCGGUGCCAGUGGAAGCACAGCCAGGGAUCCCAAGAUGUUCAAUAUCACAGAGAACUCUACCCCCGACUACACGGAGAUAAGCUCCAUCCCUCCCCUGCCUCUGUAUGCCCUUCUAGCAGCUGAUGAAGAUACAUUACCAAAAACUGAUACAGUGGGCAGUGUGAGUGGAGAUAGUGGGCACGGUUCCAGUCACACGGAUGCUUACGAUGAGCUCUUUCAUACACCCAGCAUAGCUGACCUGGAUCCUCUGGACAAUGAUCAAGAGGAAACUGGAAACAAGGUUAUUGACCUGUCUCAGUACAGUCCCACAUACUUUGGUCCAGAACAUGCCCAGGUUCUGUCCAGCCACCUCCUUCACUCCAGUUUGCCAGGAUUGACUCGUAUGGAGCAGAUGUCUCUAAUGGCGUUGGCUGACACCAUUGCUACCACAAGCACAGACCUCAAGGGCAGCCAGGGCAAAAGCAAAGGUGGAGAGACACUUGAUGACUGUGGUCUGAAGUUCUUGCUGGCCGUUCGACUGCAUACCUUCCUCUCUACCUCCCUGCCUCCAGCGCACAGAGCACAGCUGCUACGGCAAGGCCUGUCAACGUGUCACUAUGCCUGGGCCUUCCACUCUGAAGCUGAGGAGGAGCUGUUGAACAUGCUCCCUGCCCUGCAGAAGGGAGAGCCCACCUGGCCUGAGCUGCGCUCCAUGGGGGUGGGCUGGUGGCUGCGCAGCAUCAACAAGCUGCGCAGGUGUAUUGAGAAGGUUGCCAAGGCUUCUUUUCUGAGGAGCAAUGAUCCACUGGAUGCAGCUAUGUUUUACCUUGCAAUGAAAAAGAAGGCAGUGGUCUGGGGAUUGUACAGGUCGCAGAACAAUGCCAAAAUGACGGACUUUUUCCGCAACAACUUCAGCGAGGACCGGUGGAGAAAAGCAGCAUUGAAAAAUGCUUUUUCACUGUUGGGAAAGCAGCGGUUCCAGCAUUCUGCAGCAUUCUUUCUUCUAGCUGGCUCCCUGAAGGAUGCUGUUGAGGUGUGUCUAGAGAAAAUGCAGGACCUGCAGCUGGCUCUUGUGAUCUCCAGAUUGUAUGAGACUGAGUUUGAGACAUCAUCCACCUACAAAAAGAUCCUCCAGAGACACGUUCUGGGUCACGACAAACAGAUUCCAGCAAACCCGAACCCGUUCCUGCGGAGCAUGGCUCACUGGGUCCUGGAGGACUACAGCAGAGCCUUGGACACUUUACUUGAGCAGCCUGCGAACAGCAACAGCUCUGGGUCCACCGAGAGCAAAUGUGUCCCUGGUUCCUCUUCUGUGUCUACAUGCAACCCUGAAGUUUUCAACUUUUACACCUACCUCCGCACGCACCCACUCCUCCUUCGCCGCCAUUUUGGCUCGUCAGACAAGGCUAGAGUUGGCCUGACUGCUGAGGGUCGCCGGGCUGACUCUAUUAGCCUGGAGGAGAGAAGACUGUUUUUCACUGCUGCAUAUGCACAUUUACAAGCUGGCUGCCCCAUGCUUGCACUUGAAGUCCUCUCCAAGAUGCCCAAAGUCCACAAGCAUUCCAAACUCCUGAAUCAGGAGGAUACAGGAAUCACUGCUGAGCUCAGUGCCAGGAGUAAAGAUGGACAAGCAUCAGAGUGGUCCCAGCCAUCUCUGAAUGGCUACGAGUCAGAUGGGAACAGCUUGUCCAACAGCAAAUCAGAUUCUGUGUUGAGUUUUGAUUGGAACCAGCCGUCACUGACACUUCCAGAUGAGCCCCUGGAGCUGAAGUGGGACAGCGACAAAGAUGAUGAAGAAGAGGAUUUGGAUGAAGAGGAGAUUAAAAAUGCUAACUCUGGUACAAUCGCAGACAGCAGCAGUGUGUUCCAGGACACACAGGACGUCAUGUCACCACUAAUGGAGACAGUGAUCGGAGAGGACAGCGAGGACAGCAAUGACUUCCUCGCACCAUCUGAUGACAUCUUGGUGGCUCAGCUGAAGUUUACUGCCUGCUUGAAGAUUAUGACCAAUGAGCUGCGGACACUGUCAACGGGGUACGAAGUCGAUGGGGGGAAGCUGCGUUACCAGCUCUACCAGUGGUUAGAAAGAGAGGUGGUGGCUCUACAGCGUUGCUGCAGCUACAAGCCCUGCCUGCCAGAGCUGUCUGUCCAGGGUGAUGCCUCUGUUUCUGGGUUGGCAGAGGAGGAGGAACAGCCUGGGAGCCCUCGUGGUGACAGCCAGAGGAGCAGGAGACACUGGCUGCAGAGUAACCAGCCCUUGCUGAGGAUGUUUCUUAGCUACUGCAGCUUACAUGGCUCCCACGGCGGAGGACUGGCUUCUGUACGCAUGGAGCUCAUAUUGCUGCUUCAGGAGUCUCACCAGGAUGACUCCAUCCAGUCAGUGGUGACGUCCAGUUCCCAGCCCACCUCUAUCCCUCUUCUCAUGGCCUGCACAGCCAACGUGAAGACAGUGGUGGCCAAUCCCAUCGUCUACCUGACCAACUUAGCUCAUGACAUCUUGCAGACCAUCAAUGCACUUGACUCACCUCCACAUCCUGAUGUGGUUAACAAUGAGAUCUACGUGAUGCACACCUUGGCUGCUUCCUUGUCUGCCUGUAUAUAUCAGUGUCUGUGUGACGGACACACCUUCAGCCAUGUGAACCAUUUCACUGGGAUUGUUUACCAGAGUGUGUUGCUGUCUCAGAAACAGCCAGUCAGAGCUGUCAGCGUGGACGAGUCGGUUCAGCCCAACACUUCUCCUGCACAGUGGCCAGGUAUCGCCUCUCUCAUCCGUCUGCUGAGCUCAGCAGGUGAGGAGAGCCAGCCAGGCUUGGCCGUCCUGCUGUGCGAGAUCCUGACUGCCGUUUUCCUCAGUCUAUUUGUUCACGGCAUGGCCACUCACUCCAGCAACGAGCUGUUUCGCAUCAUGGCCCACCCUCUCAAUGGCAAGCUCUGGGUAACAGUGUUCGGAGGAGGUGCUCGGAUCCCUGUCAUGGAGAAACCUAACAGCCCAACAAGAACUCCCCCACCAGCCUCUCCCAGCGGCUCAGACAGAAAGUCCAGACGAUUCAGGCUUCUGUCAUCACGCAGUGGAUCCAGAGAGGAGUCUGGGAUAGAGCGGGAGGGACCAUCCAGUCCCAAGCAUGUCCCUGUAGUGGAACAAGAGGCUGCCUCCAUCUUUAAAGAAAGAUUUGUUCCUCCAGAGCUCAGCAUUUGGGAUUAUUUUAUUGCCAAGCCUUUGCUGCCACCAUCGGAAAACAGAAUUGAGUACGACUCUGAGGAGAGCCAGGGCAGUCAAGAUGAAGACGAGGAUGAUGAUGACUUUGAAGACGUCUUUGACCCCAACUCUCCGCGGAGAGAGCAUUCAAACCACAAUUCAUACAGUUGGUGUUUAAUGCGGCUGGCAAUGGUUCAGCUGGUGUUGGUCAAUCUGAAGUCCUUUUACCCAAUGGCAGGAUAUGAUCUUUUAGAUCUGCCUGUGGGCUCUCCUCUGUGUCACGCUGUGCUGAAGACGCUGCAGCGCUGGGAGCAGGUGUUGCAGAAAAGACUGGAGAUCUUCGGAGGGCCUCCAUCCAAAUACAUCUCCACACACCUCCAGGAUGAAACGGCCACACCUGGCCCCGCCCUGCUCAGACACAAAGUCUUGUUUGAACCGUCCAACACCCCAUUCAGGACUAGCCAGCAUUCAGCGCUGCCAGUGAAACGUUUGUGGCAGUUUCUGGUCAAGCAGGAGGAAGUGCAGGAGACUUUCAUCAGAAAUAUCUUCACCAAAAAACGGGACCCGAACGAGUCGGUCGAGGACCAGACUGGCAAUAUGAAAUGUUCAGUGAUGGAGGAGACAGGAAACAAUCAGACAGGGUCAGAGCUGGGCUCCCCUGGAGGAAAAGCACGCAUCAUCCACAAAGAAUCUGACAUCAUCACAGCCUUUGCCAUCAACAAGGCAAACCGCAAUUGUCUGGUCAUGGCCUCCGCACGUGACAUUCAAGAGCUGGAUGUGUCAUCCAUCUUGGCCACACAAAUUUUGACAUGGAUAGACGACGAUGAUGCUGAAGCCAAAGGUGUUGGAGGCGAUGACUUCCUGGUGAUCCAUGCACGUGACGACUUCGCCGCCCUCCAUGGCACCACGCCGUACACCCACAGUAGCCCUGGUACACCCAUCAACAUGCCGUGGCUGGGAGGUCUGCAGACAGGCCGGGGUGCAGCCAUGAUGAUCAAGAGAAAUAUCAAUAAUGUGAGAAGAAUGACCUCGCAUCCCACGCUGCCUUACUACCUGACGGGGGCUCAGGAUGGCAGCGUGCGGAUGUUCGAGUGGGGUCACUCCCAGCAAAUCAUCUGCUUCAGAAGUCCUGGCAACUCCAGAGUCACCAGGAUACGAUUCAACCACCAAGGCAACAAGUUCGGUAUCGUAGAUGGUGAUGGAGGGUUGAGUCUCUGGCAGACCAAUACAAGUGGGAAUGCACCCAAACCAUUCCUGACGUUGCAGUGCCACAACAAGACGGCUCAUGACUUUGUCUUUGUGGGCUCCUCCUCCCUCAUCGCCACUGCAGGUCUUUCAACAGACAACAGGAACGUGUGUUUGUGGGACACUCUGGUGACUCCUGCUAACAGCCUCGCACAUGCUUUCUGCUGCCACGAGUCCGGCGCCACCGUGCUCGCCAUGGCUCCCCGACAGCAGUUGCUUAUCACAGGCGGGAGGAAAGGCUGGAUCAGUGUCCUCGAGCUUCCCCACAGGCACCAGCGUCAGAGCUUCCAGGCCCAUGACUCGCCGGUCAAAGCUCUGGCCGUCGAUGUGAUUGAGGACUGCUUCAUCAGUGGAUCAGCUGAGGGCAACAUCAAGGUUUGGAGCCUGGCCACGCAGUGUCUCCUCUUCUCGUUUCCAAAUGAGCACGCCCGCCAGUCGCUGUUCAGGAACCUCGGCACGGGCGUCAUGCAGAUCGAGGUGGGGCCGGCCAAACACAUUUUCUCCUGCGGCGCCGACGGGACCAUGAAGUUGAGGGUCCUCCCCAACCGCUACAGUGUCAGCAACAACAACAACAACCACGGCAACCUCAAGAACGAUGUUAAAUUCAUCAUAUAGACGGAAACAGAACUGAAUAAUGUGAAGUCGGUUUUAUGAUGGAGCAAAGUUUCUGGAACUGUCAUGAAAAGUUCCUUCACACCUGAACAUGGGUUCACGUUGGGGGAACGAGGCCGAGACAGAAACAAGGAAAAGGUUUUAAAUGAAGAAAGACUUUCGUGGAGAAAGAAAUGCUCUUCGGGUUUGAAGACUUUGACAGCGUGAGAGUGUUUUGUCUGAUUCAGGUUUUCCCUGAGAGUGAAAUGAACUCAUCUGUUGCUCUGUGUGGAACUUAGCGUCACGCUCGACCAAACACACGUUUCAAACUGUCGUGGAAGUUAAAGUGGGCACAGGGUAAAGACUUGAGGGCACAUUCAGUCAGAAUAAAAAUGACCCAGCAGGAGAUUCUCCCAAACAAACUGCCAUUUCAGCGUCUGCGGACGAGCACACACACGGCGCCUUUAUUUGCACAGGAAGUGAAGCUGUAGGAGCAGGAAGCAGCCGAAGAGUCCGAGCUGCUCAAACAGCCUCAGCUUCUCUUUAGUUCAUGUUAGUAAAGCUUUGGCGAUAGAGGAAGCUCUUCUGGAAUCACUGCUCGAGCGCUCAGUCGAUACAAUAGACUGCAGGCGGAGCGUCGCACAGAUACAUGAGCCCGUUAACGGGACGAAACGUCUGGAGACGGUACAACACUGCCGAACCUGAACCUCAGCACAAUGCAGCCGCCAGACCAGUGGACAAUCGUACAAAGCACAUUCGCUCCAGACACAUUCUCGUGCCCUCGUACGAACAACGAGCUCAGUUUGAGGAUCGGCUGUUACAGGAAUCACAGGACGUCAGUUUCAUAUCACGGUGACUCUGUCGCACUCUCAUGUGGCUGACGUGCUUUUCACGCCUGAGUUGAAAUGAACAAAUUAGAUUUUAUGAGACACAUAAUGUUUCCUAAAACUAAAAGUGCAGUUUCACCUUUUCUUUCUGGGAGUCGAUAGAUGAGAAGAUUGAUGCCACUCGUGCUUGUGCGAUGCUACGGUCGGUAGCUGCUUAGCUUUGCUCAGCUCAGCUUAGCAUAAAGACAGUUAGCUUAGCUCUGCAGUGAUGUAACAAAAUCUGCACCUAGAAGUUCACGACAUCACAAUUUAUAUAGCUCAGUUUUCAUUUGACAUGAGCAGAUGUGACCUUUGACCUCGGCUGUUCUGGAAACAGUUUCAUGUUGUGAUGGAAUGAGCCACGACACGAGCCCUAUUUUUUUUGGGUGUAUGUUUUUAUAUUUUACAAAAUUAAAAUCACACCAAAUUCUCAAGUGGCACUUCCUGCUUUCUGUAAACCUUUGGAUGCAUUGACGACUUCUUAAAAACCCAAGAAAGAUUUUCAUGAUUUCAGUUUUAUUUGUGACUUGUACUAAAUCUAACAAUGUGAAGAUUUGAGUUACGCUGCUUUGGUGCAGAAAGAAUUUUAUAGUAACUUGGAGCGGAGUCCGUCAGUGCUGAGCAGAUGAUCAUAAUCGAACUGCUGCUGUUUUCAGAACAUCUGCAUGCACCCGUCACUCUUACCUCACAGUGUCUCCACCUCCCUGGAGAUCAAAUGAAUGUUUUGGAAAAUAUAUAAAUUGAAGUAGUCCAGAUUAUAAAAAUCCUCCCAAAUCAGUUUUCACCGAUCCUGUGAAAGAAAAACCCGACUGAAAUAAAACCUGCAGCUUUAGCUUCUUUCUAACAGCGUCAGUCUUCUCAGCUUCUACGACAGACACGAAAACGUAUUUUCCAAAAUGUCUCUUGAUUUGAUGCAGGUUUACAAAUGUGCCGUCGCCCAGUGUUUCUAACAUUCAUGCACCGUUUCUCCUUUUUGCACAUCAGAAUUAAGCUAAAUUCAAUGUAUUGUGAUGCAGAUAAGUACAAGGCUGGAUAAAGCAGUCAGUCAUAAUAUUACAAUCUAUAGUAGGAUGUGUGUUUCUCCUGGCCUAGAUUUAAUAAGUGGUAUUAUUAUUAUCAUUAUUAUUAAGUGUCCUUACUCUCCAACAACUGCUGCUGCUGUUGGUCCUGAUACUAUUGAUCAUUACUGAUAAGUUAAGUUGCACAAAUUAGCUUUAGUUUGAGGUUCUAGUUGGAUUAGUGGGACACCAUGAGUACCACCUUCUCCUGUUUUGACAUGUUGGAUAUUAAACUCAUAAACACGAAGCGGGAUGUGUUGCUGUGGACAAUGAACGGGGUUCGGGGUUUUAACGGAUUUGUCAUCAUGUCGUGCAAAUGUUUUAUUCCAAUUACGACGCAUCUUUCAUCAACUCCAAACUUUCAUUUCCCAAACGUUUUUCUUGAAGUAAUAUUCACUUUAUUAAACUUUAUCUGGUUUGACUUUCACUUGUUUUGGAACAAGUCACAACAAUAUCACUUCUUUUUUUUUUUUCUUCUUAUCCGAACGCAGCAUGUCGCCUUCAGCUCCUGCUGGGAAAGUGUAACUUCGGCCGGUGUAACUGCAGCAGUGAAGCGUGAAGGAGCGUAAUAACAAUCCGUUAAAACGACCCACAGGCUCCUGUUGUGCUGCUGUAGGGAAACACAUGUACAGUCGCUUUGAUUUCAGGGAGGAUAAACUGAGGAAAAGCUUUUAGAUGAAGCAGAUUUAUUGCAGUCGUGUAAAUACAUUGAUCUACAAACGAGGCUUCUCAUAUAAACUGCGUAUUAAUAACGACUAGUCGUAGAUAAACAGUAGCUAAUAACGACAGAAGCCACUUUAUGAAGAAUAUAAUUCUAUACAAAUAUUUAUGGAACAUGUGCAUAUUUAGGAUUAUAGACUAAUUGAUCAAAAGGCAGAUGUGAUCUCAUUUCCUGCUCUUUUACUUCUCUUAUUGGAUUAUUUACAUUUCUCUUUUUUUCUAUUUUUCUUAUGUUUUAGUUUUUGUGAGCUUGAACAACAAGAUUGUGAUUUUUGUUUCCCCCACGAAUCAAAGUGGUCGGAGGAUGAUGAGAGAAUAAAAUCCAUUUUAUCAAAAAUAAAACCACGUGCGCUCCGACGAAAACUGGAGAAUAAAAUCUAUUUUUUAACCAAAUCCUGCUUCUUAAUUUCCUCUCGGCUUAAUCAAAAAUUACUGAAACUUCUUCCCUUUUUUUCUCUCUUCAAUCUUACAAAUGUGAAUUUGAUCAGAUGAUUCUAAUUUUAUAAUGAAGAUAACGUGUAAAUCAAUGUAUUAUAAACAGAAAAUGUACCAAUGUAAUAAA